UCAAUGCUUCUGGCCCAUGAUUUUUGUCCAGCUCAAGCUUCAAAUGGACAAUAAGCGUUCCUUGAAAUGAGUUAAAUAUUAAUGUGCGGAAGUAUCAUUUUUACGGCUUGUUCGUCAGCGCAGACAUACAUGGCGUCUGUAGGUCGGUAGCUGGUUUUGUCGCUGGACUGUUUCAGUCCUCGGCUGGAGGCCGAAAACAGACGAUAAAGCAGAAGGUUUGGUGUUUAUCUUGCUGGCUAGCUACCUAGCUACACCGCGAGGAGGGGAGUCAAAAAAUAAACUGCUUGAUCAGUUUGAGAACUUAGGAAAGACGAGAGUUGUGGCUGUUUUUGUCCGGUCCAGCCUUCAGAGAGGAUGGCACACCUUCGAGACAUCCAAAACCAGAAUACCCGGUUGGACCCUGAGGAGUACUUCACAAAGCAGGAGCGGAUUGGGAAGGGUUCCUUUGGAGAAGUCUACAAAGGCAUCAACAACCGCACAAAAGAGGUGGUGGCCAUUAAAAUUAUAGACCUGGAGGAAGCAGAGGAUGAAAUUGAAGACAUUCAACAGGAGAUCACAGUUCUGAGCCAGUGUGACAGUCCUUUUGUGACCAAGUACUAUGGUUCGUACCUCAAGGGAACAAAGUUAUGGAUUAUCAUGGAGUAUUUAGGCGGAGGGUCUGCUCUAGAUCUGCUUCGCCCAGGGCCUCUUGAAGAGACUUACAUUGCCACCAUAUUGAGGGAAAUACUAAAAGGGCUGGAAUAUCUGCACUCAGAACGCAAGAUACACAGAGAUAUUAAAGCUGCUAAUGUGCUAUUAUCAGAGCAGGGUGAUGUGAAACUGGCAGAUUUUGGUGUGGCAGGACAACUGACUGAUACCCAAAUCAAGAGGAACACAUUUGUUGGCACCCCCUUCUGGAUGGCUCCAGAGGUUAUCAAACAGUCAGCUUAUGACUUUAAGGCUGAUAUCUGGUCUCUGGGAAUCACUGCCAUUGAACUGGCCAAAGGUGAACCUCCCAACUCUGACUUACAUCCCAUGAGGGUCCUUUUUCUCAUUCCGAAAAACACCCCACCCACCCUGGAAGGCCCGUACAGCAAGCCCUUCAAAGAGUUUGUGGAGGCUUGUUUAAAUAAAGACCCUCGUUUUAGACCAACAGCCAAAGACCUCUUGAAACACAAGUUCAUCACACGCUACACUAAGAAGACGGCCUACUUGACAGAACUGAUUGACCGCUACCGCCGCUGGAAAUCAGAAGGACAUGGUGAAGAAUCCAGCUCUGAUGACUCGGAUAUGGACGCUGAUGGUGGUGUGGAUCCAUGCCCGAUGUGGACCUUCCCUACUGUCAAACCCAAACCCAAACCAAAGUUACAGAAGGGUUACCCACGUACCGAUCUAGAGUCAGCAGAUUCUGUGAUAAGACAACCCAAGUCACAAUGCCUGUCUGCCUUGGUAACACCAAUCUUCAGAGAGUUUAAGGAGAAGCGACGAGUGAGCGGCAGUGGAGUCGGAGCGAUUGAGGAACUGGAGAACGCUUUCAGCCUUGCAGAAGAGUCCUGUCCUGGUAUCUCGGACCAGCUUGUCACACAAAUGAUGAAGAGAGUGUGCAGGUUUUCUUUAAACGGUAACACCAUCCCGUCAUCACGGUGAAGCCUCAGAGGGAUGUAAUGCUGCCUUUUUAGGCUUCUGGACCCACCCAACACCCCCAGAUAAGGACCACAGAAGACACACCCACAUCCUUGCCCUGUCCACUAAGAGACCUUUUAGUGACAAAUAUUUUUACAGUUUUUCUGUAAGAGUGGAGAGUAUUUAAAAUAAAAGCCAUGACAUUUCGAGUAUUGUGUAUACCUGUUAGAUUAAGAAAAUAACUAUAAUAAAAUCUACAGAAAGUCCUAUUUUUAGUGGGGGGUUUUUUUUUUUACUUUGGUGAUGUCACUGCGCAUAUAAAGGAUGUACAUUUGAAUGAGUCUUGUAUUAGAGUUAAAUACACUGUUAAACAGUAGGCAUACCAAUAAAGUAUUGAUACAGUUUACUUA